UCUGUCAUUUAGUUCGCCAUCAGAUUUAAAUGCGGCAAAACGGUUUUUAACCCAAUUUUCGCCAAAACGCAUUUUUCACUAUGUUAAAAUGACCAACAACGAGCCCAAAGCUCCCAAUAUCCAAGAUUUUUGCAUAAUCAAGCCCAUAAGUCGCGGCGCUUUCGGUAAGGUGUUUUUGGGGUGCAAAAAGACGAACAUGGACGUGAUGUACGCAAUCAAAGUGAUGAAAAAGACAGAAAUGGUGAAUAAAAACAUGGUGUCGCAAGUGGUGAACGAGCGCAAUGCCUUGGCCCUCACCAAGAGCCCUUUUUGUGUGCAAUUGUACUACACCCUCCAGACGGCAUCGUCGAUUUACCUCGUCAUGGAUUACAUGGUCGGGGGCGAUCUCAAGAGUCUCUUAAGCGUCUACGGGUUUUUCGACGAGCCUAUGGCGACUUUCUACGUCGCUGAGGUGUGCCUCGCCCUCCAAUACCUCCACAGUCAUAGCAUAAUCCACCGGGACAUCAAACCCGACAACAUGCUCCUCUCCAAAGAGGGCCACGUCAAAUUAACCGACUUUGGCCUCUCCUGUGUCCAAAUUCACCGAGACUUGGAGAUAUCCGAUUUUGAAAACGCCACCCCCAAUCUCUGCACUCGCACCCCCGGCCAACUCUUGAGCCUCACCUCGCAUCUCAGUUUCGGUUCGGGGAACUCCCGGAACUGUGAAUUGAGCAAGUACGACGACUCGGGGGCCAAUUUAGAGCGACGGUUCGACUGCAACAGCUCGGCGUUGUCAGGAGUCACGUUUUUAUCGGCCGAGGGGGCUUCACUGCAAGUCACAGACAACAGCUCCUACCACACGUGUCAGAGCACCAACCCGGAAGACUCCAAUUGUGCCACGUCCCCCGUGAGUCGGCGAGGGUGCUACAAGAUACGAGGGGGCGACCGGAAGCGGAAACAACGAUCACCGAGUCCGGAAACCACCCGAAAAUCAUACAUAAAAACAGGUUUGACUGGCGAAAUGGAAAUUCUAAGAGUCGAUUCGACAAGUUCCCCCAAGGGGGUCACGUUCUCGACGCCGGUUUCGAAUCCAAAACCCAACAAAGUGAUAAUCAAAACGACAAGAUUUGAAAUUCCUAAAGACUCUGAUUGCAAAAAUGAAGAAAAUGUUGUUAGUCCCAUAACUCCGAAAACUCCCCGAACUCCGUAUAGAACUCCCAAGUCGGUGAAGAGGGGGCAGUGGAGCAGCGAUCAACGCAUUUUGGGGACUCCUGAUUAUUUAGCCCCCGAGUUGUUGUUGCAAAAGGGGCACAACUGUGCCGUGGAUUGGUGGGCGUUGGGAGUUUGCUUCUACGAGUUUGUCACAGGGAUUCCCCCAUUCAAUGAUGAAACUCCCCAACAAGUUUUUAAAAAUAUUCUCGAUCAUAACAUUGAAUGGCCCACUGAUGAUGAAGCUCUAAGCAAAGAAGUCGUUGAUGCUAUUGAAAGUUUGUUAACUCCGGAUCCGGAAAAGCGACCACAAGCCGCCGAAGUUAUGAAAUUAGAAGUUUUCAAAAACACCGAUUGGAAAAAUUUACUAGAAGCACAACCGCCAUUUGUACCUGAUCCUUAUGACCUGACUGAUACAGGUUAUUUUCAAGCUAGGAACGAGUUGCUUAAUUUUAAUAUAUCGAAUUUUGAUUUGUAAAGUUUUAUAUCGGAUAAUAAAUAUUUUAUUUUU